GAUGGGUGUAUUGAGAAGAUUAAGUAAACUACCGUUUGUCUUCGAUCCUGUUAUAGGUUCCAAGUUAGAAGAUUUGGUUAUUCCAAAGCCGCCUUUUCGCCCUGAAAUUGGUGAAACAUAUUCAUUUUUAGCCAUCGGUACAAGGAAGUUAUUUGAUAUAAAAACUGACGAAACAAGGAGAAAGACCCGUAGAUUCCUCAGAGAAGAAUUAUUUAAGACAACAAAUAGUCCAGAGAGUAUUGAAUUCAAAAAACGAGCAUUUCAAAUAACAAGUCAACUGUUUAAUAGUGAAAAAGGAAAAGAUACAAAUGUUUCUUUCUUAUCUAACGUGAUAUCAAUUGAAGAAUGUAUGUAUGGCAAUCUACAUUUUGGCAUUGAUCAUCACUAUGGUAUAGCCUUACCAUUCUUUCGUAAAUUUGCCAAAGACGUCCAUAAAAGUUCUUUUUUAAAUAAAUUAAAGAAUGGUAAUUCUGUAUGCUGUCUAAUUGACACUGGAUAUGAACAUACAUUAGCUAUUGAAGUUGACGGAGAAACAUGGACUUUAAACGGAUCAAUUAAUUGCUCAGAAAUAGCAUCAGUUGCAGAUUUAUUUAUGCUUACUAUAUCUAAUGAAGCGGAAAAUCCUAAAACUCUGCUAAUCGAUUCAAGAAUUGGUGGACUCUCGAUUGAUUCCAUUUCUAAAAAUAGCUUUCAACUUAACUUUAAAGGAGUUCAACUAACUGAAGAGAAUGUAUUACAUUUAGACCAAGAACUAUUGUCACAAUUCACAGCUGUUGCUAAUUUGUUACAAUCAACUGCCUCUCAGGCACGCUCCGAAUUAGCUUUUGAUUUAAUUAGAAGUUCUAUUAGAAAUCGAAAAGUUUUGGAAGAUGAUGUAAAAAAGAUUCUGGCAGAUGCCAAAACCGAAAUAUGUGUCAAUAGAUUAUACGUUGACAAUUGUUUAUCGAAUCAUUUGGAGAGGAAAAUAUCACCAAUACUAGCCGCUAUGUGCCGACUAAGGACAUACGAAGUAGAGAAAAAUGUACUUAAAAGAAUUCCUGAAUAUUUGUUAAAUCCUCACUACAAAUCAUAUGUUGAUAAUUUUAUUAAUAGCGAUAAAUUACGAGCAGCGAUAACCAACAGAAUAGAAGAUGAUGCUUAA